AUGAACGACACAAGUGUAGCCGAACAAUGGAGCGACGUGCCGUUUACGAUGAACGACGCUGACGACAUGAUCAUCUACAACUCCCUCCGCGACGCCGUUUCACACGGUUGGUCUCCGUCCGAUUUCACAACACCAAAACCGGUAUCAAACGACGCCGCCGCGAGACCACCACGCCAAAGCAGUUUCCUCGCUCACGAGAACGACGAUUCCAACGCCGUCGUUUUGCCCCCGAAGAAAAAGAAGAGCUCGGGAACAUGCUACAGAGGAGUGAGGCAAAGACCAUGGGGAAAGUUCGCAGCUGAGAUUCGCGACCCGACUCGUAACGGCGCCAGGGCGUGGCUUGGCACUUACAAAACAGCUGAGGAAGCGGCUUUGGCUUAUGAUCGAGCCGCGUUUAGGCUACGCGGCUCGAAGGCUUUGCUGAACUUCCCGCACCGAGUUGGCUCCAAUGAACCGGCUCCGGUGAGACUAACGGCUAAGGCUGUGAGUGGCAGCUCGCGUAAGAAGCGGAGCCAGAGUUGA